CGCAUAGUAAGUCUUUCUCUCGUUGGCUGGCCAACGUCGUCGUCCGACGUUUUCCGAUGAAGUUUGAAUUGUGAAUCUAACACAACAACAACAACAAAAAAAAAAUAAUAAUAAAAAAGAAAAAAAAAAAAACUAAACGUUAUAAACUACAAAACUCGUUGUACUUGUUUCCGCUCAAGUGUAUUCUAGUUCGUGUGUGUGUGUGUUAGCUCCUCUCUCUUACUCUCCAUCUAUUUCGUCUCCAAAAAAAUAAAAAAAAACCUCCAGCUCCACUCCACAUCGACAUCGACAUCGUGUGUGCUCCAUCAAAAGCCUUUGCGCCGCCGUGUGUACUUAACCAUCAUCAUCAUAUAAGAAUUUAAACUUGGAUAAAGGAAACGAAACUGCAUCAACAUGAAGCCCAAAUCAUCAUCUCUAAAUGUCCGAGUUACCACAAUGGACGCCGAGUUGGAGUUCGCCAUACAGACGACUACCACCGGCAAACAGCUAUUCGAUCAAGUUGUUAAGACAAUUGGCCUACGUGAAGUUUGGUUCUUUGGAUUGCAAUAUACCGAUUCGAGGGGUGAUCUAACAUGGAUAAAAUUAUACAAAAAGGUCAUGAAUCAAGAUGUAAAGAAAGAAGAUCCCCUACAGUUCCGCUUCAGAGCCAAAUUCUAUCCAGAGGAUGUUGCCGAAGAACUCAUCCAAGACAUAACUCUGCGUCUGUUUUACUUGCAAGUAAAAAAUGCCAUAUUGUCCGAUGAAAUCUAUUGCCCGCCAGAGACCUCAGUUCUAUUAGCAUCGUAUGCCGUUCAGGCACGCCAUGGUGAUCACAAUAAGAGCACCCACACCGCUGGUUUCCUAUCCAACGACCGUCUUCUUCCGCAACGUGUCAUUGAUCAGCAUAAGAUGUCCAAGGACGAAUGGGAAGCAUCCAUAAUGACCUGGUGGCAAGAACAUCGUGGCAUGUUGCGCGAAGAUGCUAUGAUGGAGUAUCUAAAGAUCGCCCAGGAUCUGGAAAUGUACGGAGUGAAUUACUUCGAAAUUCGCAACAAGAAGGGCACUGACUUGUGGUUGGGUGUUGAUGCUUUGGGCUUGAAUAUCUACGAACAGGAAGAUAAACUGACCCCAAAGAUUGGUUUCCCAUGGUCUGAGAUCAGGAAUAUUUCGUUUUCAGAGAAACGUUUCAUCAUCAAGCCAAUUGAUAAAAAAGCACCAGAUUUUGUGUUCUUUGCGCCACGCGUCAGGAUCAAUAAGAGAAUUUUGGCCUUGUGCAUGGGUAACCAUGAAUUGUAUAUGCGUCGUCGCAAACCAGACACAAUUGAUGUCCAGCAAAUGAAAGCACAAGCCAGAGAGGAGAAAAAUGCCAAGCAACAAGAAAGAGAAAAGUUACAAUUGGCUUUGGCAGCCCGCGAACGUGCCGAAAAGAAACAACAAGAAUACGAAGAUCGUCUCAAGCAAAUGCAAGAAGAGAUGGAACGUUCACAAAAGGACCUCAUGGAGGCACAAGAGAUGAUUCGUCGUCUUGAAGAGCAAUUGAAACAAUUGCAAGCAGCAAAGGACGAGCUCGAACUCCAUCAAAAGGAGCUACAAUCGAUGUUGCAACGUCUCGAAGAGGCUAAACACAUGGAACAAACCGAGAAAAUCAAACUCGAAGAAGAAAUCCAAGCCAAACAGGCUGAAGUGUUCCGAAUUCAAGAGGAAGUUAAUGCCAAGGACGAUGAAACUAGACGGCUGCAAGCUGAAGUUGAAGAAGCAAGGCUCAAACAGGCUGAAGCUGCUGCUGCUUUAUUGGCUGCAUCAACAACACCGCAACAUCAUCAUGUUGCUGAGGAUGAAAACGAUAAUGAAGAAGAAUUGGCCAACGGUGAUGUUGGUGGUGAUGUGUCAAGAGACUUGGACACAGAUGAACACAUUAACGAUCCAGUUGAGGAUAGGCGUACGUUAGCUGAACGAAAUGAAAGACUUCAUGAUCAAUUGAAGGUUCUUAAACUAGAUUUGGCACAUUCUCGUGAUGAGACCAAGGAGACGCUCAACGAUAAGAUUCAUCGUGAAAAUGUUCGUCAAGGACGUGACAAAUACAAGACACUCCGAGAAAUUCGAAAGGGCAACACGAAACGUCGUGUUGAUCAGUUUGAAAACAUGUAAAGUGCUUAAUUUUCAUUCACCCCACAAACAAAAAACAAACAACUAAAAAAAAGAAGAGAAAAAACUUAAACACAAAGUAAAAAAGGUUAAUUAAACAUUUAAAAUUAAAAAACAAAACAAUAAAAACAAUUAAAACGCCAUUGCAGUCGUCCAGUUAUAUAAAACAAGAAAAGAUAUGAAAAAAAAAAUUGUUAGUCGAGAAUAUAAAAUAAAUAUAUUUUUAUUUAAUUACUAAAAAAAA